AUGAAAGAGCAGAUUAGGUUAUCUGAGUUGAUUUAGAGGCAGAUACCCACUAAUCAUGGCAAUGGUUGUGACUGAAAGGUCUUGUGUAUAUGCUCUCGAUGCGCCUGUGUCGGAGGGACAGGAUUUUAUUUUAUUUUUCUAAACCUCACCAAGAAGAGCUUUAGUCACGACACCAUACGGCACGUAGAGGCUCAGAUGCGAUUCCUCGGAGAUAAAGCCACAUGACGGCAAACGUAUGCGGCUUCGCAUCUCCGUAAUUUCAUAUUCCUCGUUUAAUUAAUCAGUAAUAACCUUUGGGUCCCACAGGAUUAUGUCCUGUUUUAUCACCCGAAGACCUGUAAAUCGUGCAGAAUGGCAUCGACGUUCCAGUUAUAACUGGCUGUGGAGAUGGACGAAAAAUUCGCUUUGCGUACCCCUUCUCUUUAAUCAAAAUCCCUGUUUAAUGCAAGAUUUUUUAUUAAAUAUGCGUACAAUGUCACCCCAGAACUAUUGAAAUAUUUUUUUAACGCAAAUGUUGUUUUCCACCUAAACAACUUAACCAACAGAUUCUGCAGCUCCUUAACUUGUUUGCCUAAAUUAUAUAAAUUUCAGAAGCCAGAAAGUAAUCUAGAUUAGGCCAUCCUCUGAGAGAUCCACUAGCGUUAGUACGGCAUAGACUAGGACCAGUUGCCGUUUAACUUCUCAGUAGCGUUAGCGGUCAUCACAUUCGCGCCGUCCAAUAGCGAACAAGCCUGAGCCAGACAUCAUUUCAGCUUUGGAGAAUUAUACCGACAUACUACAUGCUCGUAUGUAACAUCCUGCUCGGCGAUCAACGUGUACAUAUUUAUUCUCCCAGUGUUUUAGAUCUUUUAGAGGCAACUGAUUUUGCAGAGUAGGGCAUUUUUCAAUGGAGGCUUCCUUGGAAGAAAACGCUCAUGUUAUGAUGAUGGACUCUCCAACAGCUGAGCAACCUGCACGGGAAGCGUCACAGAGUUACAGUGAAAUACCAGAGGUGUCACUGUGCCCUCCGGACAGCCCAGCUAUGGAACCCAGAGUGACACUCUUACAGACAGAGGGGCUCCGUUCCAGUAGCUGCAGCCUGGUGAGGAUGUCCUCCUCGUCCCAGCUGUACCACCAGGUGUCCCCGGACUGCUCCCACCUCUCUCCCCAUCCAAAGCGGUGCCGCUGUUGCGGGCACCGGCAGAAAGACCCAGGCAGCCCCUGUCCCAGCCUGCAUUCCAUGACAGGCAGCCCCCACCCUGACUGCUCCUCAGACACCACCAGGACUGCCCGUGGCUGCAGCCCCUCCCACGUGCCCUCCUGCCACGACACCGUGCACUGCCAUUGGCUGCAGGGAUCACAUGAAGGCGGCGCUCACCACCCGCUGCAACACCAUGUAGUAACAGUCAGCCACGAAGGGAUAUGCAGGAUUCCAAGAAGCUACUCCCAGCUUAUAGUGGAGUUCCCCGUGGCGGUCCUCAUCAGCUGCACCAUCGCUCUUCUGGGAUGCUCCUUAGCCGGGAUCCUGAUUGGUCCACUG